AAACUGCGUUGGGAAGCCACAGGGAAGAUGACCGAAUGGAUAGAGACAGAAAGCCAGAAGGAGAGAAAAUGAAUUAAGUCACUACUUUGAUAUUUCAUAUUAUCGUGUCCCUUUCUCCGUCAAGGGACUCAGACGCUAACAAGGGUAAUGGGGACUCAACCCGAGCAUCUCCUGUGGACAGCUAACCUACCCGCCCCGCCCCCCCAGGAGUAGUACACUUUAUCCGGAAUAGGAGGAGCUUCCGGUUCCGGUGGGGCUGUCUGUAGCGAAGGAGAUGGCGGCGACAGCAGCGGAGGCCGUGGCCUCGGGCUCUGGAGAACCCCGGGAAGAAGCUGAAGCCCCCGGCCCAGCCUGGGAUGAGUCCCAACUGCGCAAUUAUAGCUUCCCGACCCGGCCCAUCCCGCGUCUGAGUCAGAGCGACCCCCGGGCGGAGGAACUAAUCGAGAAUGAGGAGCCUGUGGUGCUGACAGACACAAAUCUUGUGUAUCCUGCUCUGAAAUGGGACCUUGAAUAUCUGCAGGAGAACAUUGGCAACGGAGACUUCUCUGUGUACAGUGCCAGCACCCACAAGUUUUUGUACUACGAUGAGAAGAAGAUGGCUAAUUUCCAGAACUUUAAGCCCAAGUCCAACAGGGAGGAAAUGAAAUUUCAUGAGUUUGUUGAGAAACUGCAGGAUAUACAGCAGCAAGGAGGGGAAGAGAGGUUGUAUCUGCAGCAAACGCUCAAUGACACCGUGGGCAGGAAGAUUGUCAUGGACUUCUUGGGUUUUAACUGGAACUGGAUUAAUAAACAACAGGGAAAGCGUGGCUGGGGACAGCUGACAUCCAACCUGCUGCUCAUUGGCAUGGAAGGAAAUGUGACACCUGCUCACUAUGAUGAGCAGCAGAACUUCUUUGCCCAGAUAAAAGGCUACAAGCGAUGCAUUUUAUUCCCUCCGGAUCAGUUUGAAUGCCUGUACCCAUAUCCUGUUCAUCACCCAUGUGACAGACAGAGCCAGGUGGACUUUGACAAUCCUGACUACGAGAGGUUCCCCAAUUUCCAGAACGUGGUUGGUUAUGAAACAGUGGUUGGCCCUGGUGAUGUUCUUUACAUCCCAAUGUACUGGUGGCAUCACAUAGAGUCAUUACUAAAUGGGGGGAUUACCAUCACUGUGAACUUCUGGUAUAAGGGGGCCCCCACCCCUAAGAGAAUUGAAUAUCCUCUCAAAGCCCAUCAGAAAGUGGCCAUAAUGAGAAACAUUGAGAAGAUGCUUGGAGAGGCCUUGGGGAACCCACAAGAGGUGGGGCCCUUGUUGAACACAAUGAUCAAGGGUCGAUACAACUAGCCUGCCAGGAGUCGAGGCCUCCUGCCAGGUGACUGCUAGCCCGUCCACACCGCUUCAUUGAUGAGGACAGGAGACUCCAGGCGCUAGUAUUGCACGCUGCACUUAAUGGACUGGACUCUUGCCAUGGCCCUGGAGGCAGGUGUUUGGGGCAAGGCAGGGUGGUUGGCACUCCACUCCCAUUUGGAGGGACUUCUUGCCCUUGCCUCUGUGCCCCAGCAUCUUCCCUCUCUGCCCCCUAAGGUCCUGCAUUCAGUGUGUGGAGUCCCAGCUUCUGGUUGUCAUCACAUCUGUGUGUGUCAGUCUGUCACCCUCAGGAUGUGUGUGCGUGUGUGUGCAUGCACACGCAUGUAUGUAUCUGUUUCUUGCUUUCUCCUGGGUCAGGAUGGCGCUGCUGGCUCUCAGCCCUGUCUCCUGCAACCUCAGUGCCUCAGCCUGAGAGAGAGGAGAUGGUCUUGGACGCCCACCACACCUGGGCUGCAGGGCCAGAGCUCUCCUGACCAUCAGGUCAGUCUGCCUCCUUCCAGUUUUCGCAGAGUCAGGCUCUAGGCUGGGUGGGAAUGGCCACCGGGACUCUUCGUGGGGAAAGUGAGAGGGAGGUUUGCCUCUAUGAGCCUAGGUAGACUUCCUGUGAGAGAAUUAGACAAGGUUCUGACUCGGACCUUUAAGCUCAAGCCAUACAUAGAAAACAGCCUUGGGAUAUGAGAACCAAGGAUUAUGUAUAAGUUCCAAAUUGCAGACACAUACAGCUUCUCUCUUUCAGCACCAGCUCUUGGCUCCCUGUGCUGAGUACCAAGGGAGUCCUCCUGUAGUGGCUUCUCUAGGUUCUAGGGGUAUAAGCCUCUGUGGAUGUGUGUGUGGUGUGUGUGUGCAUGCGUGUGUGUGUCCACACUGGCCUGCCUCUCUGCUUACCAGGUUUCUCCACUACUUAACCUUGUCCAGUGGGACAGACAGUGUGAGCCCCAGGGAAGUACCGCCUGACCUAGCCUAAAGCUUUUACACUUAGUUUUAGCCAUUGGACACUCUUCGGGUCUCACUGCAAACUGCCUGAGGCUGACUGGCUAGAGCGUCCAGGCCCUGUGACCCUCACUCCCCAGGCCACGUCCUCUUCUGCAGUCCUUCCUGGCUGAGUAGAUGAAAUGGGGUCAAGCUUAGGCAGCUAACUUGCCACUGUCAUCCACCUCAGGGCAAGGACAAAAAUGUAGCCUUGCCUCUUAAAGCCAGCGCCUCUGCCAGACCCCACUGUAAUGUUCCACAAACACUCUUGAAAGUCAGGGCAACCGAUGGAGCACAGAAGUGGAAUUUUUUUUUUUUUUCCUGUUCAUUGUUACUUGUGGGAACCCGUGUCAGGGCCGCAGCUUAUAGCUGGGCACUGCACCACUUGAAGGGCCAUCAGUCACAUGACUCAGUGGAACUGGGGCCCCUGGAAUUGGGCAGUGUGGUGGCCCUGUGUCUUCUCACCUCCAGUCCCAUCUCCAUGCCCCUUCUUCCUGGAAGGAAAGAGGAGCUGGAGUUGGAAAACUGAUUUUAUCCACCCCCCCCCCCCUUUUUUUUUUUGCCAAAGGUUUACUUUCAGUGUCUGAGCUGUGGCUCUAAGUCCUGAAGCUCAGUUUACAGUUACAGCGCACUGAUGGACUGAGAGGGUGUGUGUAUGUGUGUGUGCAUCUGUGUAUGUAUUUUGGGGAGGGGCGUCUAUUUGUAGUGCCCCAUUCUGGGGUUCUCUGAUGCAGUGUGGGUGCGCAAACAUGGUACCUUCUCAAGUGUAGUUCUUUCAAAUAUAGCCAAUGCUGGAAAAUA